UCUAUGUAAAUUUAUAGUCUGCCUAACCAUGCCUCCUUCUUUUGACUCGACUGCUAGUAUAUAUUGUCUACUGAUUCGAAAGUCAAGUACUACAACUGCAGACCGGGCUCUUGGAAAAUUUCACAUUGCAAGAGGAAGAAGCGAUGGGAGUUGCAGAGAGAAAUGAAGAUGUAAAAGAAGUGGAGAUUGAGCAGGAGAUCAGAGAUAGAGAUAAAGGACCUGAAUCAGUGGAGACAAAGAAAAAGAAGAAGAAAAAGAAGUCGGGGGUGCGUGAGGAAGAGCCCUCGGGUUCACCAUCUUUAAAUGGCACAGAGGAAGUAGUCACAGCCGGAAUUUCUAAGGAAGACGACAAAGAAGUUGGGCAGGUGGAGAAUGGUGCUUUAGAUGUUCUAUCAGAUGCUGCAAAGAAGAAGAAAAAAAAGAAUAAGAAGAAGAAGGAACCUUUAGAACAGACUGAUCCGCCUUCAAUUCCUGUACAUAAUCUUUUUCCAUCCGGAGAUUUUCCAGAGGGGGAAAUUCAGCAAUAUAAGGACGAUAAUUUAUGGCGAAUAACAUCUGAAGAGAAGCGGGAACAAGAACGAUUAGAAAAGCCUAUCUACAAUGCCGUGCGUCAAGCAGCAGAAGUGCAUCGUCAGGUUCGAAAGUACAUCAGGAAUUAUAUAAAGCCAGGAAUCCUUAUGAUUGAUUUGUGUGAAACAUUGGAAAACAUGGUGCGCAAAUUAAUUCAAGAAAAUGGACUCCAAGCAGGCAUUGCCUUUCCUACCGGUUGUUCACUGAACUGGGUUGCUGCGCAUUGGACACCAAACUCAGGUGAUAAGACUGUUCUUCAGUAUGAUGAUGUCAUGAAAUUGGACUUUGGAACACACAUUGAAGGACAUAUAAUUGAUUGUGCCUUUACGGUAGCAUUCAAUCCAAUGUUUAACCCACUCCUUGAGGCUGCAAAGGAGGCUACAAAUACUGGCAUUAAGGAAGCUGGCAUCGAUGUUCGUUUAUGUGAUGUUGGUGCAGCAAUCCAAGAAGUUAUGGAGUCCUAUGAAGUUGAAAUUAAUGGCAAGAUGUUUCAAGUUAAAAGCAUCCGGAAUUUGAAUGGGCAUAGCAUUAAACCUUAUCAGAUUCAUGCUGGAAAGUCUGUUCCUAUUGUGAAAGGAGGAGAAGCCACAAAGAUGGAAGAGGGGGAGUUGUUUGCGAUAGAGACAUUUGGUUCAACAGGAAAAGGGUAUGUCAGGGAAGACUUGGAAUGCAGCCAUUACAUGAAAAACUUUGAUGCUGGGCAUGUUCCUUUAAGAUUAACCCGAGCAAAACAACUUCUUGCGACAAUAGAUAAGAAUUUUUCAACAUUACCUUUCUGCCGGCGUUAUCUUGAUCGCCUGGGAGAAACAAAAUAUUUGAUGGGACUGAGGAGCUUAUGUGAUGCAGGAAUUGUUGAGCCAUGCCCUCCUCUAUGUGAUAUAAAGGGAAGUUAUAUAGCACAAUUUGAACAUACUAUUCUGCUUCGACCAACCUGCAAAGAGGUUAUAUCCAGAGGUGAUGAUUAUUGAUGAUUUUUCCUCUCCAUUUGUCAUCUAAUACUUCACAAGCUUAUUUUAAACUUUGCUGAUUGGACAUUUUAAAUAGCCACACUUCUGGUAAGGAGUGUGCUGAUGUCCAUGCUCAUGGUUGUAAUAUUUAUCAUAUUCGUACAAGUCUCUAUCUGGCCAGAGGGCUUGUAAAUGCUACAAAUCAUCUCCAUUUUCUUGUCAAUUCUAAAGUUUUCAUCCAUGUUAGUUUGUGACAUAGAAAUUGUCUAAUUUAUACAAACAAGUGAUACAAGAUGUAGUGCAGAAAAUUCAGUAGAUCCCCUUUUAUAUAUUUAUGUGCACUGGGGCAUUGAGCAGUUGCCUGCUAAUCGUUAAUUUUAUUUUUUUUGCUUGCUAAUGGUUGUAGACAAGAAGGUGAUGGAUUCCCUUAUUCAAGAAUCACUAUAUACUAUUACAACAGAUGUAUUGUCUUAUUUAUUUAUUUAUUGUCAAGAGGUUUGGUA